AUGGGUCCAGGAAGCCCGGACAGGGGCAGUAUAAGAUAUCUGGUUGUUCGAAGGGUGACCAGGCCGGGGUGUCGGCCUACAUUCACACGACACCGCCAACGGAAGUCGGACGGAGACGGAGGCGCGAGUGGGAAGAUGAGAUGCGGAAGGUCGACGAGAAAGGAAGGUGACAUAAACUUCUUACUUUUCUUGAUUCUCUUCCAGAAACACCAUUCUUUCUUUGUUUCUUUUUUCCUUUCCUUCUUUCUUUUUUCCUUUCCUUCUUUCUUUUUUCCUUUCCUUCUUUCUUUUUUCCUUUCUUUCUUUCUUUUUCUUUUCCUUCUUUCUUUCUUUUUUACUUUCUUUUUCUUUCUUAAUAUCUCUUCAUUCUUUACUCUUUUUUUUUUAAAUAUUUCUACACUCAAUCUGCCUCUCUUUCUUUUUUUAGCAUAUCUUUUUUCUUUCUUUCUUAAUAUCUCCACACUUUUCUUUCUUUCUUUCUUUUUUAAUAUCUCACCACUUUUUCUUUUAUCUCUGGACUCUUUUCUUUCUUUCUUUCUUUCUUUCUUUCUUUCUUUCUUUACAUUAUUUGUUUCUUUCUUUUCAUCUUGCCGCUCUUUCUGUCUUUCUUUUAUCUCUGGACUCUUUCUUUCUUUUUUCUUUCUUUCUUUCUUUCUUUCUUUCUUUCUUUCUUUCUUUCUAUCUCCAUUAUUUCUUUUUCUUUCUUUCUUUCUUUCUUUCUUUCUUUCUUUAUUUAUUUAUUUAUUUAUUUACUCGUUACCUCAUAUAUUUAAUUCUCCCGGAUCUCCUCGUACACAAACUUUCUGUUCUUUCUCUUCUUCGCCUUCUCCCCACUUGUCAUUAUUCUUUGCGAUCGCCAAUUCUCUUCCUUUUUCUAUGCGAAAUUAUAAUUUUUUGACCCACAACAUUUGUCUCUGCUACCACCUUUUUCUUUCUUUCUUUCUUUCUUUCUUUCUUUCUUUCUUUCUUUCUUUCUUUCAAUCUUUCUUUCUUUCUUUCUUUUUUCUUUCAAUCUUUCUUUCUUUUUUCUUUCUUUCUUUUUUUCUUUCUUUUUUCUUUCUUUCUUUCUUUUUUCUUUCUUUCUUUCUUUCAAUCUUUCGUUUUUCUUUCUUUCUUUUUUCUUUCUUUCUUUUUUCUUUCUUUCUUUUUUUCUUUCUUUCUUUCUUUGUACUGUGA